AGCCACUACGCGUGGGACAAAAAAAGAGCAUAAUUAGUGAAGAAAGAAUUGCAGAAGUGUGAAAUUCAUUGUAGCAUUGUCGCCGACAUGGAAAUGUACAAGAAGAAAAAGAACCGAUGGUCUAUUUCUAAGAUUGAACUGCUGAUCGAUCUGUGGGCCGAACAUUACCGUGAGCUAAAGUCGUGCCGAAGAAAUGACCACGUCUUCGUGAAAAUGAAGCAUAAGCUAGAGAAAAGUGGCUGUAAGGUCACGGUAGAAGAUAUUCGGAUAAGGAUCAAUAACCUUUCGGCUAAGUACAGGAAAGAGUCGAUGCUAACGCUGUCUGGUGGGUCACCCUCGAGAUGGCCACUGUUUAAUAAAAUUCACAACAUUCUAAGCAACGACACUACGCUGGACGAAACUAACGAAACUCAGGAGGAAAGCAUGGAAGAAGUUCCGGACAGCCGGUCGAAGGUGUAUCAGCUGAAAUGCAACUAUCGGCAAGAAAACAUUGAUAACUUUUUCACCGAUCUGUAUUUCAAUCCUCGUUACGCGGAUGUAACUCUAGUUACCUGUCAUGAAGGAGAAACAUUCGCCAUUCCGGCACAUAGAAUGGUGUUGGGAAACUUCAGUAUGUAUUUUGCAAACAUUUUCGAAAAACUGAAUGUUCCCCAGAACUCGAAUACUUACAUCGUGCUGCCGGCGAGCGUUUCCCACCAGACGAUGCAAAUCCUAAUGCAGUACAUGUACACCGGUCAGUCGUCCGUUCCGGAGUACAAUGUAGACGAAGUUCUUCGCAGCGGCGAAUUGCUAAAGAUUCGCGGCUUUUGGAGCGAGAAUAAGACGACACCCAACAUCCAGCAAACCUCAGGCGCAGGUCAAAAGCGUCGCACACCUGGCGUGGAACCUCGUAAAGUGCAUAACCGCCAGCCAGGUACCUCAUCGCAAGAUACCAGCGAAUCUAGCCGACCGCAUGCGGCUAACAGGCCAGCGUUGCAAACCGAUCUCCACUCGGAAGUGGCUUCUGAUUCGGGGACGUCGGCUCUGGACUCUCUGGAUGAACAAAAACGGCUCGCUAUAGCAGCGAUCCAGCGGGAUUUGCACGCCAGUUCGAUGCGAGCGAUGGCUCACGGUGCGGCAGCGCUCUUCAGUAGCAGCAUGUCCGACGUGAAGCAAGAACCAACGGAAUGGGACGACCUGGACGAUGAUAACGACUCGGACGAAGACGUUAUGAUUCUACCGGAGGAGGCUAUCAAGUCGAAUGAUACUCAAGACGGAAACCAGCAGCAACCGUUGCAAUCGAUGGCGAUUGAGAAAGGUCAACCGCAAUCGCACUCGUCGACGCAGCCACCACCGACCGUAUCAUCACUCGUCUGCGAUCUAUGUAGCCUAUGCUUUGGAAAUACCGACGAAUUACUCCAACACAUCAUUAGUUCUCAUGGUGAUCCCACGGAAGUACUGCGUAAACGAAGCCGCCUAACCGAAGAUGAAAAUCCGCUGACUAAUAUGCGCUGCGAUUUUUGUGGGAAGUUCUUUUUGUCUGCCGUUGACUGGGCACAGCAUGUCAUGCAAGCGCACAAUGAUCGUACCGGGGAGCUGGAACAACAAAUGGCACAGCUGGCUGAAGCCGACCUGCUGCCCAGUAUUAGCAAAGUUCGCUCCAUCGCAUCCACAAACACUGCAGAGUAAUGGACAUUUACAUGACGUGCAAGACGCGCAGAAGAAAGAUCACCUCGAACCACUUUUUAUAUACUCCAUUUUAAAGAAUUUCUUAUAAGUUGACUCAUUAUUUCCCUACGUUUUUAACGGCUAUGAAAAUUGCUUCUCUAGAACAGUGGCUAACAACAGAUUUAAACAAAAGUUACGAGUAGAUAAUUUUACAAAGCACUAGAUUUAAGCAUUACAACCUAAAAAUGUAUCUAGAGUAGGACAGACUCAUGCACAACUGUCUUCGAAAUAUAAAUUUUAUUUGAUUCACG